GUCUCGGAGGCGUUGAACGCGCCGCACCGGCAGCUCGCGCUCAGGGAGCCGCGUGGUCGCGCUGCGGCGCGCGUGGUGGCCCCCCCGCACGCCGCCUGGCCCCGCACGCCUGGCCCCGCGCCGCGCAGGGAUCCGCGGUGCUGCGGCUGAGCUGCGUGAGGACACUUCUUCUGUUUUCUAGCUUCAGUUUCUCUUUUCACGCGUUUAUCAAACUCCCGCAAACUCCCGCAAACACGCGCCCGCACGCAGCUGCGGGGGCAGAGGAGCCGGAGGACCUGCGGGGACCGGACCCGGAGAGGCAGCACAGAGGGGUGGAGUAGCACAGAGGGGUGGAGUCCAGUCCCACAGCCAGGUGCGGCACUUUAAUGCUUCAGUUGGAUGGUUUUCCUACUGGAGACGGUGUUAAGGCUGAUCGAUCAGCUGGCAGACUGACUGGAUCCAUGAUGGAGCUACAGACGUUACAGGAGGCCCUGAAGGUGGAGAUCCAGAUCCAUCAGAAACUGGUUGCCCAGAUGAAGCAGGACCCUCAGAACGCAGAUCUGAAGAAGCAGCUCCACGAACUUCAAGCCAAGAUCACGGCGCUCAGUGAGAAGCAGAAGAAGGUGGUGGAGCAGCUGAGGAAGGAGCUGUUGGUGAAACAGGAGCCGGAGGCGAAGCUGCAGCUGCACGUCCAAACUCCUCCAGGAGGUGGCGACAUCAAGCCGACCAACCUGCUGCAAAGCCAGCAGAUACCUGGAGGACUGCAGCAGACCCUGACAGUCACGCCGGUCCUCACCACGAAGACUCUACCUCUGGUGCUGAAAGCUGCCGCCACGGCCGCCCUCCCCGGCUCUGUCUUGCCACAACGCCCGCCCACUGUCGCUAUGGUAACCACAGCUAUCACCAAACCCGACUUGCAGAACGCCCCCAUCAACCUGCAGGUGGCCACCAAGCUGACCAAUCAGGGCUCGGAGCCGGUACGACUGGUAUCCAAGAACGCCAUGGUGGUGCAGGCCACCACCACCGCCCAGCCAAUCAAAGUUCCUCAGUUUGUCGCUCCUCCUAGACUGACGCCUCGACCCACCUUUCAGCCACAGGUCAGGCCCAAACCGGCCACGCCCACCAACGUCCACAUCGCCCCGGCCCCUCCCCCGCCCAUGAUGGCGGCCCAUCUGCUCCAGAGGCCCGUCAUGUUGGCCACCAAGCUGUCGUCCUCGCUGCCCUCGGCGGCUCCCAUCCACCAGGUCCGCAUCGUGAACGGGCAGCCCUGCGGCAAGACGGGCUCCACGGCGCUGACGGGCAUCGUCAUCACCACGCCGGUCUCUGCUCACGCCGCCCGCCUCGUCAGCCCUGCCCACAAAGCCGGCCUCACCCCUAUCCUCACCCCGACCCCCGCCAAGCCCAUCCAGAUCAGCAGCCUGACCACUGAGCCUAAGCAGACUGUUAAAUCAGGAGGAGGAGCAGAGCAGAAGGUCGUCGUCGGCCUCCCCUCCUCCACUCCUCCGCUGUCUCCUCCUCCUCCCAGACACAAGAGAGAGGAGAACCCAGAGAAACUGGCCUUCAUGGUGUCUCUGGGCCUCGUGACACACGACCACCUGGAAGAAAUUCAGAGCAAAAGACAGGAGAGGAAGAGGAGAACGACGGCCAACCCGGUGUACAGCGGCGCCGUGUUUGAGCCUGAGAGGAAAAAGAGUGCAGUGAGUUACCUGAACAGCCCUCUGCACCAAGGGACCAGGAAGAGAGGUCGCCCACCCAAAUACAGCAGCGUCCCGGAGCUGGGCAGCCUCACCCCGAUCCCCUCCAGCCCCGUCCGUCCCCUCCCCCUGCCCAGCCCCAGCUCUGGGGAUGGAGACAUCCAUGAGGAUUUCUGCACUGUGUGCAGACGCAGUGGCCAGUUGCUCAUGUGCGACACGUGUUCUCGUGUUUAUCACCUGGACUGCCUGGAUCCACCACUGAAAACCAUUCCUAAAGGCAUGUGGAUCUGUCCAAAAUGUCAAGAUCAGAUCCUAAAGAAAGAAGAAGCCAUUCCCUGGCCUGGUACUCUGGCUAUUGUUCAUUCCUACAUCGCCUACAAAGAAGCUAAAGAAGAGGAGAAACAGAAGCUGAUGAAAUGGAGCGCAGAACUGAAACUGGAGCGAGAGCAGCUGGAACAGAGAGUCAAGCAUCUCAGCAACUCUAUAACGAAAUGCAUGGAGACCAAAAACACCAUCCUGGCUCGUCAGAAGGACAUGCAUCUUUCCCUGGAGAAAGUAAAACACCUGAUUCGCCUCAUCCAAGCCUUCAACUUCAACCAAGCCCUGGCGGAGACAGAAGUUAAGGACGUCAGUGCCAGAGGCCCGGACUGUGCUGAAGGUGCAGUCGGCUCAGAAGCCGCACCAGAAGCCAACUCUGUAGAGAAUGUGAAGGCUGGGAGCUCCUCCACCAGCAUCAACACCGACGGAAACGACAAACCAGAGGAGCAUGAAGCCGCGGCGAACAACCAGACGACGGGAGCAGCAGGAGGAGACGCUGACAGCAAGGCUGUCCUAGAAGACAGCGCGGUCCUCACAGCAGAUAACAGCCCCGGUGGGGGGGCCGGGGGUAAGGCAGGGCCUGGUGACGGAGCAGGGGGAGACACAGAGACUAUUGUCCAGGUGGAGGUUGUGGCCAAACCUGAGCCUGAUGCAGCUCCAGUAGUUGACAUUCCUGCUCCCUCAGUGGUGGCGACUGUGGCCACCACCAACGGUACGGCCGAGCCGGCCGGUCCCGACGUCAGCCCCGCAGGAGCCUGCACCACCACCACCACCACCACCACCGUCAACACCACCGUCAACGCCACCGUCAACGCAACCACCAACGCAACCACCAACGCCACCGCAGACUCUGAGAACAAGAUGGCUGCCGUCAGCCCUCCAGAGACAGCGGUAGAGAAGAAGCAGGAGGAGAUCACUGACAGUGACGGCAGCAGCAACAACAACAACAACAGCAAAACCUCAGAACCCUCCCAGCAUUCUUUGCCAGCUCUUGUCAGCAGUUUGGACAAUAAAAAGUAAUGCUCCUUCUCUUGAGUUGCGGGAAUUCAAACAUAUAUAUAAAAAAAAGACUUUUGCUUGCACCGUACGGUGUCCUGAAGUUGCCAAUCUGUAUAAAUGUUGUUUGUUUGCAUUGUAUUGUCAGACUGUGUCAAUGGUAGAUAUACAGCCCAAGUCACAUGACUCUGGGGAGACGUAGGCUGCCCCCCCCC